AAAAAAAAACACAAAAUGGUGUAUGCAGUCGGGAAAGGGGAGGCUCAAGGGCCCAGAAAAUUUUGUGUGCAUGGAUAGGAUUGAUAAGACAAACAACACUACAAAAUUGAACUCAAAGGGGCAGCUUAUCUGGUCUUCAGACAUUCCUGAGGGUGAAACCAAUGACCCAAUUUACUGCUCUGUAGCCUGUAGGCAACACCGAGAUAUGUUGAAGCCUUUGGCUGAAACGCUUAGCUCCUCGUGCUUUGGGUCUGGUGUAGGAAUACACCAUGUUCACUUCGCAAAGCAACGUUACCUUAGAAGGUCUUGUGAAGGGGAGAAUUUUCCAAAAACUUUGGGAGGAUCAUUGCAUUUCUGUUCUAAUGAUCGAAAUUUUUUCCAAAUUAGAAGAUUAAACAUCAGGUGCCCGAACAGACAGCAACAUAUUUUUCCCAAGUGUACAUCAGACAUUCCUGACAACACCCAUCAAGAGGAGACAGAUGUUUCUCAAGCAACCUUGAUAUGGAGGGCAAUUAAAUUGCCAAUUUACUCUGUUGCUUUGGUUCCUCUAACUGUAGGUGGUGCAGUGGCUUAUUUGCAAACUGGUUUGUUUUCUGCUAGGCGUUAUAUUAUUCUCUUGGCUUCUUCAGUUCUUAUUAUUACUUGGAUCAAUUUAAGCAAUGAUGUCUACGAUUUCGAUACAGGUGCAGAUAAGAACAAAAAGGAGUCAGUAGUAAAUUUGGUUGGCAGUCGUUCCGGGCCCCUUAUUGCUGCAUACUUGUCACUUGCCCUUGGCUUCAUGGGGCUGACUUGGGCAUCUGUAGAUGCAGGAAAUAUGCGUUCAUUAUUGCUACUGGCUUGCGCAAUCAGUUGUGGUUAUGUAUAUCAGUGCCCACCAUUUCGGUUAAGUUACCAAGGAUUAGGAGAGCCCUUGUGCUUUGCAGCUUUUGGCCCAUUUGCCACUAGUGCUUUCUACCAGUUGCUGGGCAGCAAACGGUUGUUUACUCAAAGAGAAUGCAGCAUUUUUAGAUUCAUUUUUUUUCCGUUCAAUACAUUAAUUUUGGGCAAUUUUGGCAGUGAGAUAAUCUUCCUCCCCUUAACUCGCAUAGUUCUUUCUGCGUCACUCCUCUUAGGCUUGACAACAACCCUUAUUCUGUUUUGUAGUCAUUUUCAUCAGGUUGAAGAAGAUCUUGCCAUUGGGAAAAUGUCACCUUUGGUCAAGAUGGGCACUGAGAGAGGUUCGGUAGUUGUGAAAGGGGCAGUCUUGACACUCUAUUCUCUUUUAUUUGCUCUUGGUCUAUGCAGAGCUCUUCCACUAACUUGCAUUGUUCUCUGUGCCUUGACCUUACCUAUAGGAAAACUGGUAGUUAGCUUUGUUGAAGAGAACCACAAGGACAAAGGGAAGAUCUUCAUGGCAAAAUAUUACUGCGUAAGAUUGCAUGCUUUAUUUGGAGCUGCAAUGACUGCAGGGCUGGUAUUAGCUAGGAUGCUUGCUAAAUGAUAUGUUCUGAGGUUGACACUCUCUUUCGGUACAUGCCUCCUCGCGAGUAUAUUGAGGGUUUUUGCCACCAACAGCUUGCGUAGUCUGUAGUCAAUGACAAGGUAUCAAAUUUGACAAGAAGCUGUAGAUCGCCAUUUUCCAAUUGCCAGUUCAAGAAAUCGAAUUUAUAGCCAAAUAACUACCUUAAGGAGAUGAUCAUCCCUUUUGCUCAUGCCAUGUUAGAAUCAACCUUUCUAUUUCACCAUUUUCAUUUCUACAAAUCAUUAUGUUCAGCACGACAUAAUAAGAACAAUGGUUCAGCCAACAGUUAAUAACCAUUCGGCUAUAAUUUAAACAUAAUUGAACUGAUUUUCCCAGGCCAAAG